CCGUUCCGAUCAUCACACUCCUCUCAGACCUCCGUCAAUCCAUCCAUCCAUCGGCUCAAACCUACCCACCCUCAGUCCAAAACCCGGAGCGUUUGAUGCGCGAUCGGAGGCGAUGCUGGAGUCCGGCGGCGGCGGCGCGGUGCUGAAGGAGGGCGCGCUGGAGAAGCGCAGCGACGGUCUGCUGCAGCUGUGGAAGAAGAAGCGCUGCGUGCUGACCGAAGAAGGACUGGUGCUUCACCCACCCAAACACCAGCACCACCACGACACCGGCUGCAAGGCGAAGGAGCUGCACUUCGCCAACAUGAAGACGGUGGACUGCGUGGAGCGCAAGGGCAAGUACGUGUACUUCACGGUGGUGAUGUCCGAGGGCCGAGAGAUCGACUUCAGAUGCCCGCAGGACGAGGGCUGGAACGCGGAGAUCACGCUGCAGAUGGUCCAGUACAAGAACCGCCAGGCGAUCCUGGCCGUCAAGUCAAGCCGGCAGAAGCAGCAGCAGCUGCUCGUGGUCUCCGCGCAGAAGAUUCUCCGAAACGCGCAGUAGGACGCCGGAGAGCGGCGAUAUCGACGGACGUUACCGCGCGUAAAAAGCGCUGGAUGCUCAUUACGGACGUCGCUUUUUAGUGUCACCUUGCGCGCACGGACGCUCUUCGUGCAUUGAAAGACAUCACGGCUGAAUUAGCACCGGGAAUAUCUACUCUCAGAGGGUGUACGGGGGCCGGGGCAAGUUGUCACAGCGACGUUCAGAGUGGAAAAUCCGUUUGCAUGAACGCAUAAACAUAUAGUACAAAACAGAUUUAAAUUAGGAUCAGUUUUGUGAAUUCUGCCGUCCAAAUGAGAGAUUUAUUUUGGGGUAGUAGGCGUUUGGUGAACUGUGAAACCACAAUGGGAUUUGUGAUCCUGGACCAUAAAAUCGGUCAUAAGUAGCACAGGUAUAACUGUAGCAAUAGCUACACUGUAUGGGUUAAAAUGACCGAUUUUUCUUUUAUGCCAAAAAUCAUUAGGAUAUUAUGUAAAUAUAUUUUGUAAAUUCCCUACCGUAAAUAUAUCAAAACUUAAUUUUUGAUUAGUAAUAUGCAUUGCUAAGAACUUCUGUUGGACAACUUUAAAGGCGAUUUUCUCAAUGCUUAGAUUUUUUGCACCCUCAGAUUCCAGAUUUUCAAAUAAUUGUGUAUCGGCCAAAUAUUGUCCGAUCCUAACAAACCAUACAUCAAUGGAAAAAAAUUGACCCUUAUGACUGGUUUCGUGGUCCAUGGUCACAUUUAUUUAUAAGGUAAGAGUCAAAUAUAAAGGCUUGAUUUCAGGUAAAUUGGGACACUUUUGCCAUUGAGCUGACUGGGAAAAACGUCCCAAUUAUCUUGAAUUAACUCCUAAUGAAGGUAGAUUUGAAACCGUCUUUUCAGGGCAGUAGAACUUUACAAAAAUGUCAGGUUGGGGCAAGUUUUUUUGGCUCUUUCUUGAAUUGUUUUGUUUGACAAAUUAUGAAUUGUUUUGUAUAUUUUUUUCUACUAUAUUUUUUUUUUUACUAUACCCCCCAGAUCAGUGUCAGACAAAAAGAAUGUUCCCAUUGUGACAACAUGCCCCACUUUAUUCAUUUAAUGAACUGUAUUUUCUAGACAGGAAUGGUGUACAUGCUCAUAUGAUUUUUGUUGCAAUGACUUUAGAGUCUGUAUUCAUUGACUGACUGGAGUACGCUGGAGUAAAAGGUGUGACAACUAGCCCCGGUCUCCCUUACAUGUUCAUGGGUUGUAUAUGUGAAAUGCCUUCAAUACGUCAUUGUUCGUCUGGCUCGGACAGAAAUGCCACCAUUACUUUCCAUUUCAGCGCAGUUGCAUUUGUCAGGUUUGUGCGGCUCCAGACAUGCAAUCGAUAUCUUCCGGGAGACCUGAAAGGCCAAUCUGUUCCGGUCCAGAUCGCAGUCUGCAUGCGUGUUUGCAGGGAUUUUAUAGAGACUCAGUGUCACACUGGAAAACUGCAGACUGAUCCUGACAGAUCCACCACCAUUCAUUCAUUCACAGUCUCUCACUGGAGAUGCACAGCGUUGAAUGUGGCCAUGAACUCUGCAUCCGAUUAUGUAUUUAUUUGUACAUAUUUUUUGUAACAGGUCAUUUGCAUAUCUGAAUGUUGGGUUAUGUUUUUUAAAGUACACUUGAUGCAUUUCAGAAUCUCAGAAUAAGCUUUUGAUUUUCAUUUUUUUUGUUUGACCAACUGUUUUUUGUUGUUAUUCAAACCAAAGAAUGUCAAAACAUUUGCAUCUACAUCAUGUUGACAUGACGUAACUUGUACUUUAAGGUUCAAUCAUUGCAACCUCUGAUCUCAGUCAGUGUAGACGCCAUAUGUGAUGCAGUGAAAACAAGACUGUGCAGAAAUGGGAAGAAUGCUGGAAAAGUCACGUUUUUAUUUCCACCAUAUUAAUUGUGGCCUCUAUCCUGACUGAGCAUGUUGAUCUGAUCAAUAUUGUGUUGCAUAAAUCUUUUCUAAGUCAAAUGCAUGGCGACGGAUGUCGACUGGAUGUUGUUGAUUCAUCAGAAAUGUCCCGAUGCUCUGCUGUCGAGUCUUGCGUGCGAUCGAGCUGAAGUUUGCUUGUGUGAAAAUGGUGUUUUGUUAAUGGAACGCCAUCGUUCCCUGAGCUGGUGCGAAUGCCACUUUCAUACCUUUGAAAUAUACAUUCCAUUUCAAAUGAA